AUGGAAGGCGCAAGGCGCAGUGGGCCUAAGAUGACGAGACAGGUGACGAGACUCCCCAAGACUGAGUCCCCACGUGACUUUUCGACCUCUCGAAACUCGACAACGUCAUCGAUCCUUAUCGAUCCGAACGUUAUCGGUAUCGAACGUUAUCGCUAUCGCUAUCGUUGCGGCGUUAUCGAAUAG